AUGUGGAAAGUAAUUUCCACUAGACUGAUCGAGAUAUUUAAGGAUAAUGCUGAAUUUGUCCUAUCACCAGACGCUCCUCAGUACGUACAACAGCCAAAAUCAGAGUGGACGUCUGAAGAUAGAAUAAGGAAUAAUCUUGGCAACAUUGCCAAUGAUAUUAUAUUCAAAGCCAUAGAUGAUACGAUCAUCCCAAAAAUUCGAAAAUGCACAACCACGAAGGAAAUUUGGGAAACUCUUAUCAAGAUCGGAGAAGGCGAUGAACAAGAGAAAGAUAAUAAGCUUAUAAUCGCCAUGAAGAAAUUCGAAGAUUUCAACAUGCUUUCGAAUGAAAGUAUUUUGGAUAUGGAAGCAAGAAUUAUCAACAUUCUUGGAGAAAUUAAUGAUCUAGGCAAGAUUAUUAGUCAAAAAGAAAUCAACCUCAAAGUGCUACGUGGACUACCAUCUGCAUGGGAUAUGAAGGUUACUGCCAUGCGUGAUCAUAGAGAUUUGAGGAUGCUAUCAACUGAAAAAUUAUUUAGUGAUCUCAAAGCAUAUGAAUUUGAGAUGAAGGCUAAAGUCGAAGAAGAAGACCAUGAAGUUCGAAACUCUACUUUGAUGGCUGAACCAUCAACCUCCAGAAAAUUCAAGAAAUUCAUGCGGGGAGGCACCGGAAAUUCAUCAUGUGGAAAUCAAAAUGCUACGACAUGGAAACUACGAGAAGAAAAUGAAGAUGAAAACAAAGAUUUAUGCUACAAUUGUCGCAAACCCAGACAUUUCAAGAUCAAUUGUCUGUACCCAAUCGUGAGCAAACAUCAAGGCAAGAAAAUUAUUGAGUUUUCGCAAAAUAAACCGGAAAGCAAGGAACGUAGAUUCAAACGAGACAAAAGAAAGGCUCUCGUAAGCAACGAACCUAACGAAGAUGAAGAAUUGGACGAAGCUUCAUCAAGUGAUGAAAUUCUAAGCUCAGAAAAUAACACCACACUAGUUUGUCUAGUAAGCAAAUCAAUGGAGCUAAGUUCAAAUGAAGAUUGUCUCAUGACACUUGGAGCUGAGGAUGAAGAGGUAACAUCUAAUUCAUUUGAUUCUAUUAGUUCUUCUUUUUCUAGAGAGUCAAUUGUUAAUCUCAUGCGAGAUUACCAAGAGUGUAUGACCACUCAAUCUCAACUCAAAGAGCGCAAUGAUAUUCUUAUUCUUGAAAAAAAAAAGAAAUGA